AUGGAAAGAAUUGAUUCUAGCGAGACCAAAGGGUCAUCCGGCCAACCGCAGGUACAGUUCAGCGUUUCUGUCGACCACAAAGUCUCCAACCCAUUAUUUCGGAAUCUGUUGAAGCACUUCAACCCUCAUGAAAGAGACGGUGUCGCCACUGGAGCUAUUAUCGAUGGCUUCAUUGUGAAAUUCCACCCAUGGCGCUAUAUCUACUACGUCGCUAUUGCUAUCAUUGGCGGUGUCACCCUUAUUGUAUACGCGACAUUCCCGGAGACGGCGUUUACCAGAAACCUAGCAUCGAGUGACACUAUCACUACAUUGACUGCCUCUGGUGAGCGUGUCCGUCACAGUACGAAAGGCGAAGAGGCUGGUGAUUCCGAAAUCCAGGAAGUUGCCCCUAACGAGUCUGUUCAUAACCGCGGAUGGUUGAUGCAAGGCCUCAAAUUGUACCACGGCAAGUACACCCAUGAGUCGAUCUGGCAGAUGGCAAGCACUACAGACGAUGAUGAAAACAGUUUCAGCUCUCUUGAAUUCGGCGUUGAACACUAUCUUGCAUGA